AUGGCAUUCCAACCGUUUUUACCAAACACUGCUUCGGAUAUCACCUUCGACACAAUGCUGGCCCGACAACCUCCGUUUUUCCCUGUCAUUGCACUAACUUCCCACAGGUCUCUUCCCUUGCCUGUUGCGCAAAGGCACCCCACGCUGGAUCUAGGCAAUGCCGAAACGAUCCUCCGCUUAUCCUCGCUGGAACACCAUGCUGCCACCCAGUCUGCCAAGCUCAGGCCUCCUAAAACGGGGGGGACAGAGGAUGCCAACGAGGGUGAUCCAAAGGUUAACUUGGAGGCGAGGGAACUUUGGACACAAUUCCACAAAUUCGGCACUGAAAUGGUCAUAACAAAAUCAGGAAGGCGCAUGUUUCCAGCGUUCAAAGCCAGAUGUACUGGCUUGAACAAAAUGGCAAAAUAUAUUUUGCUGAUGGAUAUUGUGGCGGCCGACGAGUGCAGGUACAAGUUUCACAACUCACAUUGGAUGGUAGCAGGAAAGGCAGAUCCUGAAAUGCCAAAGAGGAUGUACAUACACCCAGACAGUCCCGCUUCUGGCGAGCAAUGGAUGUCAAAAGUGGUCAAUUUUCACAAACUAAAAUUGACAAACAACAUAUUGGACAAGCAUGGGUUUACGAUACUUAACUCAAUGCACAAAUACCAGGUUAGGUUUCACGUUGUGAGGGCCAACGAUAUCCUACAACUGCCAUAUAGCACGUUCAUGACCUAUGUCUUUUCUGAGACAGAAUUCAUCGCUGUAACUGCAUAUCAAAACGAUAAGAUUACACAACUGAAAAUUGAUAACAAUCCUUUCGCAAAAGGAUUCCGUGACACUGGCAAUGGGAGAAGAGAAAAAAGGAAACAACUGAGGAUUAAUUCACAAAAAUCCAAUGAGACACGAAUGCAAGAAGACAAUGAAAUCUCUUGUAACUCUUUGGAUGAGGCUCCACUGAAAAGCGCAGGAAACUCAAAAUCAUCCGAUGUCUGCGAAAGUGCAAGCGAAAGCAGUCAAGAAAGCAAGGAUGGGCAUUACGUUGGACAAGACUUGCGAAAAAUCUCAACUGCCACAGAGAAACUGAAACCUGGUCCAAAUAUUAUCACAGCGCACUGCAAAACGGACAGGGCUUUAGUGGACUCAUUCGGCGCCGAAACAGACCCAGAUAAUCCAAAACAGGACCAUAUAAAUGCCAUAACUGGCGGUAGGACACGUUGCUUUAGAGCAGAGGAGCCGAAUGCAACGGAUAAUUUUAUUCACUGCUAUUCUUAUCCACCGGAUUUAACAAGAUAUAUCAUCAACCCCUUGGGUGUCGCACACCGUCUCCUACACCCCGCUGCCCAAGUCAACAUGCAGGGGAGAACUUUCUCCAGUGUAGCAACCAUGGGUCACAGGCUGGCAGCUGUGUCAUCUGGCGGAGUGUGCGCCAUGGGCACGGCUGGUAUCCUGGCAUCUUCUUUACAAAGAGUGUCAGGAACGUCAGGAUUACCCGUGAACUUUCAGCAGCAUGCUAUGGCAUCACAGGGCCUCACCGUUUCUCCAAUUGGUGGUAUUUUUCCCUACCCCUACUCCUAUUUGGCAGCAGCGGCUCCUCAGUCCACCACAGCAUCGACCCCAGUGCGCCCUCGAACCCGGUUCAGACCCUACUCCAUUCCCAAUAGCGUACCAGACAACUGUUCGACACCACUGAAAUCUAUUCAUUUUAUGACUGAUAGAGACGUGAAUUGUAACAUUUUUGGAAAGGGUCCGAUUGCUGCCAGAUUGGACUGUAGGCCUACAUCAGAGGUCAACAUCAAUUCCUUGCCACUUGGUUAUUGUGCGCCACCGGCAAAAAGCGUAUCCAGCAAGGGUGGCAUGGAUCAGCUUCAAUGUAUGUAACAGUUGGUCAGCGGCAUAGACUCCUAGACAGAGAUUUAUCUUCCUAGGAAAUACAUCUAACAAACUGAUCAAAAUUAUGAGAUUUUUCUUUAUUGCAUUUGAAUGAAGAUUGAAGUGUUUGAUAUCAAACCAAAAGGCAUUUAAAAAAGUAUCAUAAUGCAGAAUGUAUAACAUUGUUUACGUCUGUGGGAUAUGGUUGCGCUUGUGUGUUGUUACUGUAAUGUGUUUGUUGGUGGCACUGAAGUUUAUCUGCUAUAAAUCUCCAAUGUUUUCACUCAGCCAAUUACUUCUACAGAAACAGUUUUGAACCUCUAUAUUUUCCAACCAAAGAACGAGUGUAGAUUCAAAUGUAAAUAUGAUUUAUUUCGGUUUAGAAGUCUUUGAGAAAUUGGAGAAAUUCGUUUUCUAUUCAUUCACAUUUUUAUGGAGGAAUGUUUUUGCUGACUUGUUAAACAUUGAAAAAGUGGUGUGUCAACUACCAAUAUAAUUUGCAGUUUCAAUAUUUUAUGAAGACAAUAUUGUCAAAAUAACCAUUACAUGUUUUUGUAGAUCCAAAACAAUUGUCACAAUAUUUUUGGGGAGAAUCUUGUAUACCUAUAAAUUAUUACAACCAAUUAUUGGUUUAACAGACAUAGGCCUAUAGCUCUUUGCAUGAUUGUUAAUUUGAAUAACUGCACUUAAAUGUGUUUUAUGAACUCCACAAAAUAAUGUUCAACGAAAUAAAAGUAUU